UUUUUAUAAUUUGUUAUUACCAAGAAGAAGAAUAAAAGUUUAAAUAAAAUAAUAUGAGCUGCAAUUAUGCCGAUGGAUUAUCACCGUACGAAAAUAAAGGUGUUUUAGGUAUAGCAGAGAAAUUUGACACUAAUGAAGAAAUUGAAUCAAAAGUCACUAAAUUGGUUGAGCUCUUGGAAAUGUCCAAACAUGUAGUAGUUCACACAGGAGCAGGCAUUUCCACAACAGCGGGAAUUCCAGAUUUCAGAGGGCCAAAUGGCGUUUGGACUCUAGAGGAAAAGGGUGAGAAGCCGAAACUAAACAUAUCAUUUGAUGAAGCUGUACCCACCAUCACACACAUGGCUCUGCGAUGUCUCGUUGAAAAAGGCUAUGUCCACUACGUAAUUUCGCAAAAUAUUGAUGGGUUACAUUUGAAGUCUAGUUUGCCACGCUCCUACCUUUCCGAAUUACACGGUAAUAUGUUCAUUGAGCAAUGCAACAAAUGUCGUAGGCAGUUUGUGCGUUCAACAGCUACUCCAACUGUUGGACAGAAGCCCUGUGGAGGUCCUUGCCCUCGCCAAUGUCGAGGAGGUGUAUUAUUGGAUAAUAUUUUGGAUUGGGAACAUGAUUUACCAGAAAGAGAUUUGGACAUGGCUUUUAUGCAUUCCACCUUGGCCGAUUUAAAUAUAACCUUAGGUACUACAUUGCAAAUCAUACCCAGUGGAAAUUUGCCGUUAAAAAACAAGAAGUACGACGGAAAAUUAGUAAUUUGCAAUCUUCAGCCCACAAAACAUGAUAAAAAGGCAGACUUGAUCAUACACACAUAUGUCGACGAUAUUCUCAGCAAAGUUUGUAAACGAUUGGGUUUGGAGAUACCAGCUUAUAAUUCUAAAGAGGACCCAACGAAACCCUCCACAGAAGGCAACCAAGAAUGGACUAUUCAGCCGAAAGCUAUAAAAGAAUUGGAAAAGCAAUAUAAUGCCAAGCAGAAAGCCGCAUCAGCUCAGCGCAAGGCCGGAAAAAGUAAAUUCACUUUCUUUACUGCAAAGGAGCCGACAAUUAGCAAAAAGAAAAUCAAACCAAUUGAUAUUGAUGAGAGUAAAGGAAAACAUGCUCCAGAUACCAAAGACGCGCCAUGCGUAAAGAAAUCAAAUUAAUAACUCUCAAAAAGUAUUGUAAUGUAGGUACUAGCAGUAAAUAAAAUUAUUAUAAGAUUAUUGUUUUUUUAUACAAGAUA